AUGUUUGUUUUGACUCGGCUUUCGAAUAUAUCGCAAAAUAUAUACAGGAAACAUUUAUAUUCACAAAAAUCUGUACGAUGCACCCAGGGCAAAUUGAGGUCAACGAGAUCAAUGGCUAUUGGACAUUUCUGCUGAGCAUCGAUUGGAAGGAUCCCUGGCUUAUUGGCCUUAUUUUGGCGCAUAUCUUAACCACCACCACUGCGCUGCUCAGCCGGAACAGCUCCAACUUCCAGGUUUUCCUCUUCCUAGUACUGUUGCUGGCAGUCUACUUCACCGAAAGCAUCAAUGAGUUCGCUGCUAACAACUGGAGUUCCUUUUCCAGACAACAAUACUUCGAUAGCAACGGCCUGUUUAUCUCGACAGUUUUCUCAAUACCUAUUUUGCUUAAUUGCAUGCUUUUGAUUGGCACUUGGCUCUACAACUCCACGCAGCUGAUGGUGACUCUAAAAACAGCGCAGCUCAAGGAGCGAGCUCGCAAGGAACGCCAGACUAAGGCGGAUUCGGAAUCCAUAGCACAUAAAAAGGCAGAGUAGAACUUACGCCUGUAUUACAUGCAGUUAAAAGCACAAGUAGAGCUGUGAAAUUAUAUGUUAUGCUUUAAAUGGAUUUUCCUGUCAUCUAGAUGUAGUUUGCUGCACAGCUCUCGUCUUUAAAAUAAAUUUAAUUUAGUAUAAUC